UACAGGCGGGAAGGUGGUUUCUCCCUUGGGAGCGAAGAAUACAGUUUUUAAUCAUUUGGAAGAAGAAUGCCUUGGAAAGCAGACAAUGUCAAUUGUAUGUUAUCUGCCAGCUGGCUGGAUGCUAGAUCACCUCUCUUUCAUAAAUAAAUCUGGAUACAAUUUUUGCCAUUCUCUUGAGCAGUCAGCUCAGGAUUGUUUUGACAAUAUUGUUAUUCCUGCUUCCUCAGAUACAAAUCUGAUUCACAUAAAAUCAUGUACAAAAAAAUUUAUUCCUGAAUUUAGAAACUCAGGAGAAAAAUCUAAUCAGAUGGUAAAGAGGACAUACUUAUUUCGAGAAGAUUUUUUUAAUGUACUUAAGCCCCAUAUUCCUGCAAGCUUCCAGACGGAAAAGCAUAGUGGGACUAAUCUAGAAACUAGUAAAUCUGAACAGCAGAAAAAUGACGACAACAAAUCUGUUAUUACAGUUAAAGCUAAAAAGAAACGGAAAAGAAGCAGUGAACUUAAUCAUGGUGAAAGUGAUAUCUUAGAUUAUCAUUUAAAGAUCAGUGGCAUAAUUCUGGAUGGGAGUAGAUGGUUAAUCCAGGAGGCACGCAGAAAUGGUUUCCUUCAGCCUAAUCCUACAGACCAGUUUUAUGUCAAGACAUCUGACAGAGGACACAAUAAUUGCAGUUUGGCUGAGCUAUGCGAGAUGGCCAAGUGUUUCGUUCCUAUGAAAGAAAAAGAACAAAAAUGUGUAAUAGACAAGGAAACCUCUGACCCAGAACAAGUUCAAUUAAUCUGUGUUACUGAAAAUAAUACAAACAAUGCAAAGAUGUUAACAUUAAUGGGACAGAACUACUUAUUUCCCCCCAGAAGUUCAUUUCUUUUAUCAGAUUUUUCAUGUAUGCAGCCACUUUUGAAUUAUAAAAAGAAGUAUGGCAUAAUUGUUAUAGACCCACCAUGGGAGAACAAGUCUGUUAAAAGAAGCAAUCGGUAUGGUUUCUUGUCUCACUGGCAAAUCAAAGAAAUUCCUGUUCCAGCAUUGGCAGCUCCAAAUUGUCUUGUGGUCACAUGGGUGACCAACAGACAGAAGCAUUUACAGUUUGUAAAGAAUGAACUUUAUCCUCACUGGUCUAUACAUGGUGCUGUUGAAUGGUUUUGGGUAAAAAUUACAAAGUCUGGGGAAUUUGUGAUUCCAUUAGAUUCUCUUCACAAAAAGCCAUAUGAAAUUCUUGUACUGGGUAGAGUCCAGGGAAAUACAGAUGUACCAUUAAGGCUUUCAGAAGAUGAAAAGUUUUCUGCAAUUCCUGAUCAGAAAUUAAUUGUUAGUGUACCUUGUACUCUUCAUUCACAUAAGCCUCCUCUUUCAGAGAUUUUGAAGGAAUAUACUAAGCCAGAUGUAGAAUGCUUGGAGUUGUUUGCUCGGAAUUUGCAACCUGGAUGGACCAGUUGGGGCAAUGAAGUCCUUAAAUUCCAGCACUUGGACUACUUCACUGUUUUACAGGAUAAUGAUGACUAGCAAACCAUAAUUACUUUUGGCGGAUUUUUAUUUCUGGGUUCUGAAUUUCACCUUUGCUAACCCUAACUCUACAUUGUGAGAUAUAGUGUAAAUGGUUUUCAAGAGCAGCUCUACAUUGCUCAAAUGUCAAAAAAUAACAAGGAUGGAACUUGUUAUUCCAUGCUUAGGUUGUGGAGGUCUUUUCUAACAAUAAUUAGAGGUGAAGGUACCAGCUGUAUGAUAUCUACAGUAGAACCCUUCCUGGAACAGCCAAUCCAAUGCCUCAAAUCUGUCAGUCAGUGUGGUGUUUUGCCUCCUAUUCCCAUAAUCCUCCCAGGAAAGUUCUGGAUCAUACCUGCACAUCCAGCCUCUGGCUCUUUGAAAGAUUGGCUGCCAUUGUGGAAAAACUCUUUAUUUUAUUUAAAUGUUACAUAUUGCUUAUUUAUAACUUCUAGUUCUGUCAUUAGAAGUUUUACAUUUUUAUGUUUUGAUGCUGCACAUUCCUAUUUGACAAAAGGGUUAAAAUUUAACUACAUAAUGUUUAGCAUUUUCUGGCUUAGAAAUAAUGGCUUUAGAAAUGUAAUUAAAGCUUCUCAUAAUAUUCCAUUGAAAACAAUAUUUUGAGAAGUUUCGUUAAUUAGUUCUGCGGGGUUUUGGUCAGGAUUAAUUUCAGUUGGAUUCAGUCCCAUGUCUAUGCUAAAGUUAGUUCUUUUCCUCUCAAUUCUUCAAUACAAUUUUAGUAAAUAUGUGAUUUUUAAUAUUAGAUCUUCUUAAAAAUAUGUUUCAUACUGUGGUUAUUACAAUAAUUAAAUUAUAUUUUUCAUCAGUAACUGUAAGACUUCUUUUCUCAUCUGCAUGUUUAUAUGUGCAAGAGUGAAGGAAAAAAUUAACCGGUAUU